GCUUAUUUAGAAAUGCAAACUGCGAUUACUUGGAGAAUCCUCAGCGAAUAUUUAUCGAUCGCCAUGACCUCGCUCUACUGACCCGUUGAUUUUACGGACCGACCGUGCGACAUGGAAAAGACAAGGACGUGUUUUAAGCCCGGACUUGGUUGUUGGGUGGUUGUAUGGGUCGUUAUUGCCACUAUCUCUCUUGUUUUAUCAUAUGCCAUUGCUCGCUCGAAUGGACAUAUCUCGUUCUUUGUUCCAGCUAUAAGUGACACAACUUCAAAGAACCCUGAAGGAGCGGUUUUUGCCCAGUUAUUUAACACUACGGCCCUUAUAACUUUGAUUUUGAUCGCUAUUCGCUACUUCCAAGUUAAAAUGAUAAAUAGGCAAGUGGAUGGUGGGGAAUCGUCGCAUUUAUCCCAACUCAACUCACUGAGUAUUGUUUUCGGCAUUGGGGGCGCGCUGGGCGCCUCACUGGUAGCGAAUUUCAAGUCUGUAGAGGUAAGUUUUCAAAACCAGUUUUGUUUCAGUUAUUUUACCGUCCAUCUUAUUAUAGCUAGCGUUCAUUCUAUUCAAGACUUUCAUAAGAAUUUUGAAUCGUUAAGUUAUCAUGAUUUUUUAAGUUCUGAAAGUCAUUUAAUUUGGCGGUAAAUUUAUACAGUUAAGAAAUAUAGAUUAGGAAAUUUAUGCGGCUUUAACGCGCGGGAACUGAAUUUAGGUCAUUAAACGUAAAUGUACCGAACUCCCGGACAUCCAGAUUUCUUCAACUGUUUUUUUCUGUCGUAUAUCAUUCUAAAGGGAUUAAAAUUGUUUGCUUUCAGUUGUCGAAUGUACCUUUACUGUUAGUAGUUGAUCUCUCAGCUCAGAUCCGCUCGAACGAGCUAAUGACUACUUUUAUUAACCAAGAUGUUUUUCCUUUACAAGUGCUCAUCCACGUACAGGAAACUGUCAAAAGCAUUCAGGAGUCCUAUGAACUUUGAGCAAACUUUUUCAUAAUUAACCUUUUUUUUUGCAUUCAGCCAAAUUUUAGCACAACCAGUCAUUCAAUCUCUCCGACUAUACAUUUGCUUCAAAAUUAUUAAUUAUUCGACUUCUAUUCAACUUCGCUGAAUGGACUGAAUGGUUGCCUAAUUGAAAAUCUUUCUCAGCCUUUGUAAUUGUGCGAAAAUUUACGCUAUAGUUUUUGGCCGUUUGACGGCUUGGUUUGCUCGAAGUAGAGCGCAAUAUUGUUUUCAUAAGACAUAAUUAAAAUUAAUACACCAAGAAUAAAAAGAAAAGCAAUUGGAGAUGUUUGUUAUUUUCACCGGAAGGUUGGUUUCUGCGGAAACUUUUCUUUUCUCCUGUUACCUAGAAACUGCCACGCUGCAUAAAAAAAACUGUGUUAUUCCUUUUUAAUCUUAAUGUAGAUUUUAAAAAGCCCUCUCUUCCUUUUCCUGGGAAGGCUAGCUUUUCCCAGAACGUAAUUAGUUUCAAAAAUUGGUGCAACUACAAUACAGACUACAUUCGAAACCGUGUUUGUUAUUGACUUGCUUGGCUGGGCAGUGAUUAUGGAAAACGAAAAAUACAUGAGAUGGGAGUCAUUUGUGGCUCGGCAGUAGGCAGAAAGAACAAGGUAAACGUAGUAACAGUGGCAGUGGACCAGUAGUCUUAUAUUUUGGUCCGUUUAGCAAGAGAGUGGAUGGCGGCCUAGUUUACUGAUAUAAUUGGUGGCUCAUCUCAUCCCACAGUCGAUUCUUCUGAAGUUCAGUUUCGCUCGGGCGUAAGUCGAUUCGCCCGAUGACAAACAACACGGAUUAUCACAUAAGUUUUUUAGUUAAGCUUGGAUUCUCAGUGCUGCUAUUGCCAAAAAAAGGUCCAGCGAUCUGAACGAUCUUAGCCACGAUCUCGAUAAUCACAUGAAUGUUUUGUGUGAAGCUUACUUAGAAAUACAAACUUAGAAACUGCGAUUAUUUGGAGAGGCUCAGCGAAUAUUUAUCGGUCGUCAUGACUUCGCUGACCCGUUGACUUUACGGACCGACCGUGCGACAUGGAAAAGACUAGGACGUGUUUAAAGCCUGGACUUCGACUUUGGACCUAUAUAGCGUUUAAACUAAAGCGUCAAGAGAAAAUACAAUCCUAACCAACAAAGCCGUGAUGUUUGCUUCGGAAAUAGCCGGCAAUUCGGCAGAGCUCAGAUAACCAAAUGAAAGCUUGUUUCCGCUCAUCUGAUAAUUCUAAAAAGGAGUUCUGGCGUGCAAACCCUUGUAGGGACGCGUCCAUCCCAGUAUAGAUUAGAGUUAAGGCAAGAUAAUUUCUUUUCUUACCAGCCAAAUUCUGAUGCUUUUCUCGGAGAAGAGAAUUUAGUCACUAGCAACGCUUCUGCUUUCCGGAUCGAUUCUGAUAAUUCAAGAGAACUAAACUUAAAUUAAAUUACAUGUAGAAGCACAAAAGCGACAAACCUAAGCUUUUGUUUCGUAGGAUAUUUUUGAAAGGGCAGGAAUUAAGUUUUGAGGUGCUAAGAAAACAGAGAGGUGAGCUUCGUAUUUUGUUCAGAGGUGUCGAUAACAACAGGUUAUACUGGCAAAAAAUCUAAUGUAAAACUCAACUAAUUUCCUACGUAUGGUUCUAAUCCUGGGUGACCGGUGCUUGUUAUGCCGCUUUCCAGCCCCUUCCACCCACGCCAUCACCUUCCCGCUUCUAAUAUUAAACACAGUGUGUCAUGAUAUGAUUCAUCCCGUCUAUGCCUUUUUGUUAUUGCCAUACAGACAAUAGUGGACGUUUCAGCAUCUGUCUUGUGUCCGGUCAAUAAUCCACAUUUCAAAUUUGGCGAUCGAUUGAAAAAGAGUUUGUGACGUUGGCUUCGUGUGGCGCAAACAAUACAGAAAAUACGAAUGAAAUUAACAGUUUUAAAAUCAAAAUAUAUGUCAACAGCCAGUUUAGAAGAGUUCUACAGCUGUAGGUAUAAACUGCCCAACUUCAGCUGUCUAACAAGGUUUUUAAAUAUUCUUAGCAUCUGAUAAUCAUGUCUUGACUAAUAAUUAUAAGUUCCACCCUGAUUACUGGCAGGAUGUACUUUUUAAAUUUCUGACAUCCCGUUUCCUCGUUCGCCUUUCAGGCUCCAGUUUCCUUGGCUGUAACUUUUCAUUUCCUUGUUUUCAGAAACUAGCGGCCGCUGACAACAUCUUUUGUUUCUUUGAACGGAAACAGAAUGCAUUCGUAACAGAAACGUACGGUGAUCAGGAUUUUUAAUUAAAACUAAACUUCCAUGAUUCAAAGCAAAUACUUUUGAAGAAUCUGUAUUUUAAUUCCAGGACCAAUGUCACCAGUUCCCAACUCUAUCAGUAGUUUGGUACAUUUUUCGAUUCAAUAUACUGUUUACGUCCACUGCCGAAAAUAUCAAUGUGAUUUAGCAGCAGCUGGCUGGGAGGAAACGGAAUUUACUUGUAAUUGUUAAAUUUAAACUUAUCGAGUUCUUCCCCGUCCUUCAAAAAUCAAUACUGAUUUUGAUUUGUUCCUUUAAUAUAGACACUGUUUUUUCCUUCAUUUUCUUAGAUCAAAUUAAAAUGACGGAAAUGAUAGCUGAAGCUACCAAACUAUACAUUAUAUAUUCAGGGGCACCCAACGGCAAUUUUCGGAAAAUAUCUGUUCGGAAGGCGAUUUGAGAUCUAGAAUUUUCGGAACGUUUGUUGUAAAAUUUCUUGUUUGCCUGCCUCUCCUAGGAUUUUCGAACAUCUACAAAAUGGUACAAUUACCCACUUUUAACGGAUUUUUACCCUAAAAAAGGCCACCUAGGAUUUUCAGGAACCUUUUCCUGGUUGAAAUUUUCGAAAAGGUAAGUUUUGAUCCCUAUAAUUUUCGGAUCACUAGACUUUCAGCUAGGAAAUCCGAACAAAUGAAAAGUUUUUAGGGGAUUAAAAUAUGCCUAUAUCUACCGUGUAAAUACUAAAAUACGUUCAACAGUGCUAUGUUAAGUGGUUUUGAACUAUAUCCUCGUUGCAGGGUGCCGCUGUAUAUUGCCCGUGUAUCACGUUCUGUAGUUGCUCCGCGAUCCGUAGCUUUUAACACAAAAAUGACAAAAACAGAAGGGUCUACUCUUUAUCAUACAACAUAGCACCUUAAUUCAGCGCGGUUAGUCAGUUUGCUGGGAAUUUUCUCGUUUUUUAGCGGGGAAGCUUUCGAGCCCUAAAAACAAGCUAACCUAAUGCAACACGUCCUUCUAAAAGUUGAUCUGCGCGGGCAGAAAACCUGUCGAUACUUAUAGACUUAACAACUGCGGCACCGAAGUUAUUCUUAUAAGACAUAGUUGCUGCUUUGUAGCAGGGAAGUUUGUUACUAAAAUCUGCAUGUUGAGAAACGACACAGGAUACAAGAUUUUUAACGCAUGGUUCCGAACAUAAACACAUCAUCUUUCCCUUUAAUUUCCAGCCUUUCUGACUCAUUUGGUCAGUCAAAUCCAUAGCAAAAUAAGCGUUUCUUCAGUUGACAAUGUAUGUUCCGGGUCGAAUAUUAUUUGUGUACCUCUCUCAAAGCAGGCAAUUCUGAAAUUCAAGUUGUGAUCUGCGAAUCUUACGGAUUUUAUUUAGGGAAAAACCAUUUACUUUAUUUUCUUUAUUCUUUCCAAGGAUAACGAUGACGCGGUUGGUAUUGUUCACGUGAUCGGAGCCGUGAUCCUUUUUACCAGUGGUGCUGGGUAUUGUUGGACCCAGACCGUCGCCACCCAUCAACUGACGAAAUUCAGCUCUGAAAGCAGACCUGUCUUCACCGUUCGCCUGGUCAUUUCAUGCGUUCUUACAUUAAGUGCCCUAAUAUUUUUUAUCUGCGAAGGGCUAACCUACCAUAGUUCUUUGAAGCACGAAUCUUCUGUACAGAUCGUUGGAAACUUGUUUGAAUGGUUGGCUGCGUGGUGCUUUGGGCUGUAUGCCUUGUCGUUCUUCAAGGAAUUUCAAAAUCUAUCUUUGAGGAUCCAAUGUAUACCUAGAUGCGGUGGCAAGAGCAGCGACGCCCUUAAGUAUUCUACCAUACCUGUCUCGGGUAUUGAUGAAAAUAUUACGGACAGUGAUUAAUGUAUAAGUAACUAAUAGGUAACAAUAUUAAUUUUAACUCUGUCAUUUCCACGCAUGGAAAGUUAAGAAUCAAAACUGCUAAUUAUCACAUUACCCCUCAGUCAUUGUACUGGAUAAAAAGAUUUAAAUUGAUUAAAAUCAACUAUUUGUUAUUAAGGAUUAACAAGACAGAUCAGUACUAUGCACGAAGCACUAUGUGCUUGCCUUAAAGCUUAAUUCAACCCUUAACUUUUUAUUUCAGGCAGCCACACUUAACUAAAGCUUGCGCCUUUACUCAUUGAUGACUGAAUUUCAGCUCAGUCUCAGUAUAUGACAAUUUUAAAAUCAUUUCAAUUUAUUUAAAUUAUCAAGUGUGUAAAUAUGAAAAUGUAAAUCAACCCAGUUUAAUUUUCAUAUGUUUUGCGACUGUUAUUAUUUAAUGCUACGAAUUGUGAAUUAUUUUUGUAAGAUCUAUAGUUAGUGUUUGUUCUAACUUAUUCAAGAGUUGUGGCUAGCGUGGG